UCUUUUACAUCCGUUUUGGGAGUUCUGACAUCCUUCUGCUUUUGCAGCAAGAUCUUUUGGCCACUGAGCCUUCUCCUUAGCCUCUAGUUUUAGUACAUUAAAAUCUUUAUAGAGGGACUGUGCAGGACCCAGUUUCAAUUUCCAGCACCCAUAUGACAGCUCACAACCAUCUAUCUGUACCAGAUGCCCUUUUCUGACUUUCUUGGGUACCAACCACAUACAAGCACAAAGGCAAAACACUCAUACACAUAAAAUAAAUAAUUUUUAAAAAAGAACAAUAAUUUUCAAAUCAUAGUGAUAACUGAUGGGCUUAAAUUCUUCUUGUCACCUGAGUAGCAUGGUAAGUAAGCAUUUAAUGGGUAAAUAGGAGUGCAUACCAGAUAAAGAAUUUAAAAGUCUUGGGCAAUGUCUCAAUAUCAUGUAAGUUUUUAGAAAGUAUACAAAUAGCUGGGCAGUAAUGGUGAUGAACACCUUUAAUCCCAGCACUUGGGAGGCACUGACAGAUGAAUCUGUGAGUUUGAAGCCAGCCUGGUGUACAGAGCUAGCUCCAGUACAGGCUCCCGAGCUACAGAGAAACCCUGUCUCAAGAAAAAGAAGAGAAAAAAAUCCAAAAGGAACAAGUGUACAAGUACAACUGAAGGAAAAAUGAGUUAUAUGUGGUAGCUUUCCCAUGGUUUGGCAUGGACAUUGGGGGAACUCUAGUGAAGCUCUCAUAUUUUGAGCCUAUCGAUAUCACAGCAGAGGAAGAACAGGAGGAAGUUGAGAGCUUAAAAAGCAUUCGGAAAUAUUUGACUUCUAACGUAGCAUAUGGAUCUACUGGCAUUCGGGAUGUACACCUUGAACUGAAGGACUUAACACUUUUUGGACGAAGAGGGAACUUGCACUUUAUCAGAUUUCCAACCCAGGACCUGCCUACUUUUAUCCAAAUGGGGAGAGAUAAAAACUUUUCAACCUUACAAACGGUGCUGAGUGCUACAGGAGGCGGUGCUUACAAGUUUGAGAAAGAUUUUCGCACAAUUGGAAACCUCCACCUGCACAAACUGGAUGAACUUGACUGCCUUGUAAAGGGCUUACUGUAUAUAGAUUCUGUCAGUUUCAAUGGACAAGCAGAAUGCUAUUAUUUUGCUAAUGCCUCAGAACCUGAGCGAUGCCAAAAGAUGCCUUUUAACCUGGAUGAUCCUUAUCCACUGCUGGUAGUGAAUAUUGGCUCAGGAGUCAGUAUUUUAGCAGUUCAUUCCAAAGACAACUAUAAAAGAGUGACUGGAACAAGCCUUGGAGGGGGCACCUUUCUUGGUUUAUGCAGUUUAUUGACUGGCUGUGAAAGUUUUGAGGAGGCUCUUGAAAUGGCAUCCAAAGGUGACAGCACCCAAGCUGAUAGACUGGUCCGAGAUAUUUAUGGAGGAGAUUAUGAAAGAUUUGGUCUGCCAGGUUGGGCUGUGGCGUCUAGUUUUGGAAAUAUGAUUUAUAAGGAGAAGCGAGAAACUGUUAGUAAAGAGGAUCUGGCAAGAGCUACCUUAGUUACUAUCACCAAUAACAUUGGUUCUGUGGCGAGAAUGUGUGCUGUUAAUGAGAAAAUAAACAGAGUUGUCUUCGUUGGAAACUUUUUACGUGUCAAUACUCUCUCUAUGAAACUUCUGGCAUAUGCUUUGGAUUACUGGUCAAAAGGUCAAUUGAAAGCAUUGUUUCUAGAACAUGAGGGAUACUUUGGAGCCGUUGGUGCACUUCUUGGACUGCCAAAUUUCAGCUAAAACAUCAGAUAUUUACUAAGAAAUGUCAUCCAAGAGGAACUGGUCCAGAAACCGCGUUCAUUGUUUGUCACUGGGAACCAAAGGAUGAAAGAGCUACGCUAUAUAUGUUGAUUUAAGUCAAGUCCAGAAUGGUUGAGCUCAAGAGCUUUGCUGCCUGGAAAGACCUCUAUAAUGGGAAGUAUUCCUCAUUGAUUGUCCCCUUGUGUGUAUAUAUAGCCAGCGUUCCAUCUUAAAUGCAAUACAGCCUCUUGAUUGUUAAACUUUUCUCAAAAAAUGAUUUUCUAUUUAUUUGAUGUAGCCAACAUUGUAGUACUGUAUGCUUAAACACAAAUCUUCAAAUCUCAGAAAUGUUUGCUAAUGCAAAAUAAUUAAUACUAAAUAUUUGUUUGGAGUCUGUUUUAUGUAUGUUUGGUUACUAGUGAACAGGAAGUAACAUCCUCUGUAUCAUAAUUUAUUGUACUGGCAAUCAAAGAUGAUCAUUUUCUAUGACUUUAGAAAUGUUAAGGCAAUAUUAAGUAUUAACUGUGGUAGUAGUUUUAUAACAUAUAGCAUGUGUCUAUGACUUUUUUUCCCAUAAGAACAGUUUUCCCUCAGUUGAUGAGUGGAAAUACUGUAUUUAAACACGAACCUGAAUUUUUCUUUUGAAUCUCUGAAAUUUUUGCUCAUAUUUGGUAGUGUUACAUUUUUUUAUUUCAUGCAUUAUCAGUAUAGUGUUUAAGAUGUUUUAAAAUUGAGGGCAUAAUCACCUACUUUGGAAUCUGUCUAAUUAAGUCCUUGGACUAUUCAAAUGGAAUACAGUUAGAGUGAGUCACACUCUGUUCUCUUUCCCUACCAUGUAUCUCAGGCCCAGACAUACAUACUUCUUUCUUCUCAUUAAGUCUGAACUGUGAAAGCUGAUUUAAUCCUACAAACGACAGUGAUGGACAGAAUCAGAUGUUGUCUAAAAGGAUGUUGUAAAACUGGGACUGAGACAGUAUUACUAAGUUACAAAUGGAUCAAUAUUCAUAUUUUUUGUCCAUAAAAGCAUUGAGGAUCCAAAAUUGAUGUUUCCUUCUGCCUUGGAAUUCUUGAUUUUGAAUUUCUGAUUUUUAUAAAGUUAAAUCUCUCAGAUUCUACAUUUGCAGUAACAUUUUGGAGGCCAGUAGUUAAGGAAAUGGUCCUGUAUUAAUUACCAAUAUUUCUGGAAAUAUUAAAGAGGUUAGAAAUUGUUUACAUUUCAAAAAAUAUUUCAGUAUGGUUUCUGAGACCCCAGUGUUGAGUAGUGAGAGGUUUCUACCAGAUUGUCAAGAGGUGCUUGAUAAGACAGUUCUCCGUGUAGUAUUCAGAUUUUAUGUGGAGGUAUUUAAAGAUACGAACAUAAAAAUAGUAUGUGCAGAGGGAAGCAUAUGAAGAUAGUGUUUGCCCAGUAGACUGCUUGGAACUUGGAAAUGAGCCCACUCGAGGUUGUCUUUGUCAGUGUUUGUGUAGAAGUGGCCAGUUCCUGCUGGAAUGCCACUGACUGCUUCCUUUGUUUAAAUGGUUUUGACUCAAGUGUUCAUGCAGAUAAGAAAAUAAUUAAAUGAUAGAAACUGCAGAUGUUCUACCUGUGGAAAUUCUAUAAAUCAGCAACUAUAGGUUUAGGGCUGUCUUUAUGAAAAGAAUAGUGUUCAUAUUCAUUUGAUCAUUAUACUUUGGUUAAUGUGGAACUAACAUUUUAUCGUUUGGAACUGAAAUUACCUACUAAGAUCCAUGUAACACGAACCAACUAGCUCAUUGGUUUACCUUUUUCCAUGUGUAAUCUAUAAUUAUGAAUUAAUAACACAGAAUCGUGAUUGAUAAAGGCUGCCAAGAUUCUAAUCUGCUUUAUAUUGCUCUUGAGAAAUUCCCUGUAAACUUGUUAUAAAUAGGUUUGCUUCUAAUAUCAGUCAGCCUGAUUGAA